AUGGCCUCAUACGGCGUAGUGGAGAACCCCGACACGGUGGACUACACGACGAAAUGUUGCUGUCAGACUACAGAUGGGAUGUACUUUCAAGUGCCAAAAGACUAUUUCCGCCUGCAUGCGACCCUGUCACGGAGAAAACUGCUUGUUCCAGAGCCCUUCACUGUCCCACUGGACUCAGCUGCAUUUGAGAACUUGGUGAUUUUGCUGGAAAAGGCUUCCAUUGUUUCGGCGGCAGCUGUCACAGCAGAUACGGAAAGGGCGGGCGACAGUGAUAAUCAAAAACCGCAGUGGAUGAAGGAUCUUAGCAAGCGUCAGCAGAAGUUUGUUGGUGCUUGUCUUGGAAUAACCACCUGGGAUGGACAUGAUGUUUAUUUCUACGAAGAAAAACUACCAAAGGAGAACGACGUUGUCUGGGUUAAGGUUAUUCAAGUAAACGAUACUUCUGCUGUCGUGCAGCUUCUCGAGUACGGCAAUCAUGAGGGUAUCAUUCCAUACACGGAGAUUACGCGAAUUCGCAUUCGUGCAAUUGGUAAAGUCAUCAAGGUAGGAAAGAAUGAGGCCGCUCAAGUUAUUCGUAUUGAUAAGGAUAAGGGUUACAUUGACUUGUCAAAGAAGCAAGUAACGCUUAAAGAAGCAAAGGAAUGCGAAGCACGAUUUUUUAAAGGCAAUGAAGUGCGUUCAAUCGUCUGCCAUGUUGCUGAUGAAUGCGGCAUUCCGGCUGCGCAGGCAAUGGAGAUGAUUGCGUACCCAUUGUACCGACGUCAGCCAGGAAAGCACGCGUGGAACUGGCUUCAGGAACUGAACAAGACUCGUGAUGUGGAGGGAAUCCUUGGGCCACUGAACCUCCCACAAAGGGCCCAAGAAGUGUUGCUUAACACGCUGGAGCACGCGAUGCGAACCGAGAUCACUACCAUUCACGCUGAUAUUGAAAUGACCUGUUUUCAGUGCGAUGGAGUAAAUGCUCUUCGUGAGGUUCUAUUGGUAGGCCGUGACUUCAAGCAAGGCCAGGAGCCGAAUAUUCCUAUCUCUGUCACGAUUGUUGGACCGCCAAAGUACCGUCUACGUGCGAAAACGGAGCUUAAGGACGAGGGCAUUCUCCGCAUGAAAGAGGCAAUUGAGACAAUGAAGAUUGAGAUGGCAAAGCGUGGUGGGAUACUGAAGGUUAUGUCCGGCCCCUAUGCACUGGGUGAGGAAGAACAAGUUAAGGAGGAAAGGAAUGACGACCAGGAUGACGAUGAUGAUGAUGAGACGGAUUGA